AUGGCAUCAUCACAAUCAAGUUCAACUCAUGUGAGUUUGAGGGGGAGUCGAGCGCGGAAGCGCGAGUGUAGACCGCAAGCUUCCGCGUCAGCGGCACGAGCGCUUUGCGCGAGUGUGUGUCCCUUUAAGAAGAUCAUACAUAAACGCGGAAGCUUGCGGUCUACACUCGCUCCGCUCGAAUCCCAAUAUUUUUUCUGCAGUCAAAAGUCGAAGAAUCCGCGUCACAAAGCAAUCUUCACGGUAUAAAAUUUCAUGGUCAAGUCGAAAAAAUCAACCAAGGACUCUUCUCCUCACUAACCAAGCGGAAAAGUCGACGAAUUCCCGACGACAUUCUUCCGCGUCUCAAAAAACUCGACGCCUACAAAUUGUCGGCGGAUAAAAUGCAUCGAGCCUUGAUUUAUGAACUCAUCGAAAAUGCACAGUAUUCGAAGUUGCUGUAUACACCAAAUCUACCGAUUGCUAUACAAAUGGAUCGACCGUAUCGGAAUAUUGGAGAGUUUUUGGGGAAUUUUGAGAAGAUAACAAAGGCUUCGAGAAAAGGACAAUAUCCGGCUAUGGAAGGACCGGUGGAAGUUUUUCGGAAUUGUUCACUUGAAAGAGAUUCAUAUGUCAAGAAACAAUUAGAAAAUCUAAAACCACUCAUAACAUUUAUCGGGCUAGAAUAUUGGGAAUAUUCUCGACUUCGAAAUUUAUACCUGGAUAGUUUGGAAGCGUAUGAUACUGCAAUUACAGCACAAAGUAAGGAAAGAGAUGAAGCUGCAGAGAUUGCGACACAAAAAGCAAUGAAGAAUCGGAAUGAUUGUAAGGAGAAAUUGAUGGAAUAUGUGGGGAAAUUGUGGGAUAAUGGAAAACCGAAACAUGCGGAAUGUGUUGUGAAAUAUGCGGAAGAAGCGGUGAAACAUCAUCAGAAAAUGGCGGAGAUUUUGACGAAAGCCGAUGUUGGACAGAAAUCGACGGUUUCCGUGUUACCCGCAAAAUGA